AAGUCAUGGUGAUUGGCUGGUGUUGAAGCCAUUGAUAAAAGAGUAUUAUGCAAAAAGUCGGGCUUUUGGAUGUGAAAGCUACAAGUGGUCCUUUGACAUUUAUUGCAGAUUUAAAUCAACUGACAAGAAGAGAAAUGAAAAGUGAAUGAUUUCCCCCCUUUUUUUUCGUUUCUUCAAUCCCUCUCUCUCUCUCUCUCUCUCUCUCUCUUUUAACUGCCUAGUUUUUUAAUGUUGACGACAUUUAUUUAUUUUCCCGUGAAAUUGGGACUUUUACAACUCUACCCAGCCUAUAUUGGUUAUAAAGCGAUUAAAGCCAAUGACCAACAGCAAUUCGGUUCACUCUUGACAUUCUGGAUUGUUUCCAUCGUUUAUCUUGCCAUUGAAUACUUUUCAGAUAUGUUUUUAUUCUGGAUGCCCUUUUACACGGAGAUUAAAUUAGUGAUUGUUUUAUGGCUCAUAUUACCGCAAACACAGGGAGCUGCAUUAGUUUAUACAAGAUAUCUUGAUCCCUUCUUAAACCAGCACGAGACCGAGAUUGAUCAUGUCUUGGUGGAAAUUCAAUUCAGAGUAAAGAAAACCAUCGUCUCGUACGGAAAGCAAUGCUUAAAGACAUUAAGAAAGACACUAUUACAGACUAUUUUCCGCAGCAAGGUUUCUAUUUUUAAAUGCACAGAACAAAAAAAAAGAGAUCGAGAGAGAGACCUCGUUGUAUUCAACAUGAUUCAUUCUCCUGUAGGGUCAGCAAGAAGCAGAAGAGGAGGAAGAAACGACAACGACUGCUAUUACUGCUGCUGCUGCUGCUGUGGAGACGACGGGUGCAUCAGUAGAUGACAAGAAAGAUGAUCUCCCCGUGAUCAAGGAAACUGGAAACUAUAUCAUUCAUCCGUACAACCUAUUUUCAACGUUCAUUUCAACGACUGCGAGUCGAUUCCAGCAGCAGCAGCAGCCAUCUUCUUCCAACGAAAAUAAGGCAGGCGAUGCCGCUUCUCCUGCAGACGUGAAUGUGAGAGAAGAGAAUGACGUGAAACGACGUAGAAGCCAACAUGAAACUGUGGCAGCAUUGGAUCGUACAGAAAGUCAGGAAUCUUUGAACUCUUAUGUCAACGUCAAAGGAUCAGCCUCUCCCACAGGCUUGACCACG